CUGGAAUAUAGCUCGUGGUGUCUCGAAGGUAUCAAUGAACUGCUGCGUGGAAAGUUUAGAUAACGUUACCCAGGCUUUUAUAACGUUACAACGUCUGAAAGUUAGGUAGCGCUAGCUUAUCGUGGGGAUUUUGGUUAGUGUCCCUUUCAUUUUUAGUAACUACUGUUGUGGUGGUCUGUAACAAAACCGAUUUCAGGAUGAAGUACAUCAUAGGAAUUGGCGGUGUGACAAAUGGUGGCAAAACCACACUAACGAAAAGAUUGGUCAAUCUUUUACCUAACUGCUGUGUGAUCCAUCAAGAUGAUUUCUUCAAGCCACCGGAUCAAAUACAAGUCGGAGAGGACGGCUUUAGGCAAUGGGAUGUUAUUACAGCUUUGGAUAUGGAAGCCAUGGUCAACACUGUAAAAGGUUGGAUUGAGAAUCCGGUCAAGUUUGCCCGUUCCCACGGUGUGAGGCUAUCGCCUACAGCAGAGGUGGAAGAUCAAGAGGAGCAGACCCACAUACUGAUUGUGGAGGGUUUCCUUCUCUACAACUACAGGCCUUUGGUUGAUGUCUUCGACAAGUGUUACUACAUCAGCAUUCCAUAUGAAGAAUGCAAGAGGAGGAGAAGUACAAGACAGUACACUGUCCCAGACCCACCUGGUUUGUUUGAUGGCCACGUGUGGCCCAUGUACCUGAAACACAGGAAGGUGAUGGAGGAUGGCUGCUUGAACAUCGAAUAUCUGGAUGGCUUGAAGUCUAAAGAUGAAAUAUUCAACAUGGUGUUUGAAGACAUUCAGAAUACAUUGUUAAAUUGUUUAUAGUAACAACUCCAGAUCGCUGCCAUGUAUAGCUCUGUAAAUAGGAGGCAGUCUGAAGACAUUCUUGUGGAUGAUUUUUUUUCCCUUGCCCAUAAUUGUUUUGUAUAUAGUAUGAAGGAAUGGAUUUAAUUUAUCUUUUUUUGGAAAUUGAUUAGUUUUGUUUUUCUGUCACUUUCAUUUAUUACUUGAUUAUGUAAUGUUUUCUAAGACGUGUAAGUAGUUUAUUUGUGUAUUCAGCCAGGUUCCAUCCUGCCUACUUUGAAAGACCUUUUCCAAAUAAAUGAGUGUCACAAUUUUGUGAAUGCUCUCCAACACAAAA